AGAUUCCGAUGUCUUGGCUCAUCCAAAACCGUGUUAGAAACACUUUCUUACGCCUGAAACCUCUUUCCUCUACCAUCAUCAAAAACCUCUCUACAUCUCCAGAGCCAUCACUUAAACAACUCGACGAAUCUUCGGAGAUAUGGAAUGUUAUCGUAGGUAGAGCAGGUGAUAGAGUCAGCGAAGACGAAGUCUUCCACCGUCUCUCAAACGAUUCACUCUGCAAAAAAGUAAACCUCUCUGAUACUUUACUCCACAAGCUUCUCCACAGGUUUAAAGAUGACUGGAGAUCAGCAUUAGGCGUCUUAAAAUGGGCAGAGUCUUGUAAAGGACACAAGAACUCAAACGAAGCUUACGACAUGGCUGUUGAUAUUCUCGGGAAAGCUAAGAAAUGGGACCGUAUGAAAGAGUUUGUGGAGAAGAUGAGAGGUGAGAAAGUUGUGACUUUGAACACUGUUGCUAAGAUCAUGAGGAGGUUUGCUGGUGGAGGUGAAUGGGAAGAAGCUGUUAAAGUGUUUGAUAGGUUAAAUGAGUUUGGUUUGGAGAAGAAUACUGAGUCUAUGAACUUGUUGUUAGAUACUUUGUGUAAGGAGAAGAGAGCUGAGCAGGCUAGAGCUGUUUUGUUGGAGUUGAAGGAGUUUAUUAAGCCGAAUGUGAAUACUUUUAAUAUUUUUAUUCAUGGUUGGUGUAAGGCUAAUAGAGUUGAGGAAGCUCUUUGGACGGUUCAGGAGAUGAAAGGUUAUGGUUUCCGUCCUUGUGUGAUUAGUUACACGACGAUUAUUAGGUGUUAUUGUUUGCAGUGUAACUUUGUUAAGGUUUAUGAGAUGUUGAGUGAGAUGGAAGCUAAUGGAUCGCCGCCGAACUCUGUUACUUAUACUACGAUUAUGUCUUGUCUUAAUGCGCAAAAGGAGUUUGAGGAGUCUUUAAGGGUAGCUGCAAGGAUGAAGAGAUCAGGGUGUGAGGCUGAUACUUUAUUCUACAACUGUUUGAUUCAUACACUUGCUAGAGCUGGGAGGGUAGAAGAAGCUGAGAGGGUUUUCAGAGAUGAGAUGAAUGAGAGUGGUGUUUGCGUUAAUACGUCUACUUAUAACUCAAUGAUUGCUAUGUAUUGUCAUCACGAUGAGGAGGUUAGGGCCGUUGAGCUUCUCAGGGAGAUGGAGAGUUUAAAGGUUUGUGAGCCUGAUGUUCACACGUAUCAUCCGUUGCUAAAGUCUUGCUUUAAGAGAGGAGAUGUGGUUGAGGUUGGGAGGUUAUUGAAAGAAAUGGUGACUAAGCAUCAUCUUAGCUUGGAUGAGUCGACUUAUACUUUUCUGAUACAGAGGUUUUGUAGAGCUGAUAUGUGUGAGUGGGCGUAUUGCUUAUUUGAAGAGAUGAUUAGCCAAGAUAUUGCGCCCAGGCAUAGGACUUGUUUGUUGCUUUUGGAUGAGGUUAAGAAGAAGAAUAUGCAUGAAUCUGUGGAGAGGAUUGAGCAUGUUAUGAAGACUGUUAAACUUACUGCGCCUGUAAUGUGAGGUUAUAAGUUAGUUACUACAAUGCUGCUGAUUCAGAAAGAAGACAAGACUAGAUCUUAUGCAUCAGAUGUUCAUUGUUAUGUUUGUUCAACCACAUUCUAGUGUAGAUUUCAAGUUCUUUGGUCAUGGAUAAGUAGAACUUGCUGAGAUAUGCAACUUAUGGAGUUGAUUGAUUCUGACAUAGUUUUAGCAAGUUUUGUUUGUUGUCUGCUUUGACUCAAAUCAUUGUAAGCGUCUCAGGAUCCAGUGUUUUGCCAGGAUUCACCACAUCGAGAGUUUAUGGGAGUGGGAUCCAAGGAAAAAUAAGCAUUGAGUUUAGACACAUACAUGUGCAUUUGGAUGCGUCCACACUCCACACCGACAGAAAGGUAGAUCCAUACUAGUACUAUUACCCAAAACAAAAUAUAUAUUUUGUUUGGCUUUUUUCCUUAUAAAGAUAAAGAUGAAAUAGUCUUCUCCAAUCCCAUAAUAAUGAUUGUUAUGCUUUAACUACAAAUCAUAAUGCACAUUUAUUGAAUUAUUGACUAUGAUAUUAUUUAUAGGGCCCUUGAGGUUUAAGCCAUCACAAUUGGGCAUUUUCUUGUUUCUAUCAAAAUUUAGAAUUGUUAAGAACCACAUGUUGUUUUAUUGUA